CGCCGCGUCACGUGACUCUUUAUUUAUGUAACGUAAUGGGGUUACAUAGUAACUGAGCUUCGUGGCUUCGGAAACGUCGCUCCAGAGGUUAUAAACGGACAGAGACACCUGAUUAGGGGGGAAACAAACAUCAAUGUGCGCUUUGAUCGGUUCCGCUGGAGCGCAGUUCGGUGCGGAGCGCGCGGCUUGGAGCGCACAGACCGACGGCUGCGCGUCACUCAGUCCGUUUAAAGUGUCCGAGGAAGGAAAGAUGCUGCUGGAUCCGAACCAAAGACUCUCUAAAGGCUCCAAAAGACAAUGUGAAUGAAAAGCUUUGGAUCUAGGAGUGAAGGUGAGCUUUAGGAGGGAGGCGCAGCAACCGAUCAGCCGCCGCUCAUCGGUAUGUUACUGGAAAGCUUUGUGCAAUAAUAACCCCCCAUCCUCUCCUUCUGGGUUCACUUUGACGUUAGAAGCUGAAAAGCCCCCCCCCCUGCAGCCUGUUUUUUAACGCCUGGUUGUGGUGAUGGAUCUGAUGGAGUGUCCGCACUGCCUCUUCCCGAUCUGCGAGCCGGUGACCGUGCCGUGCGGACACACGUUCUGCCGGAGGUGCGCGGCGGGUUCCCUCCCCUCCAAAUGCCCGCUGUGCAAAGAGAGGCUGAAGCAGAAGGAGGUGAGGAGCACCAAGAACAACGUCCUGCUCAUCGGGAUCGCUGAGAAGUGUUGGCCCCAAGAGACCAGGAUGAAGGGCCAAAUCCAGGAGAAGCUGAGAGCCAGCGAGUUCACGGAAGCUUUACGCAUGGCCACCGAGGCGCUGCGCUUAGUGCCGGACAAUCCGAGUUUGAAGCUGUUCAGAGCUGAAGCUAACCUGGGCCUGCUGCGGUUCUCCGAUGCUCUGAUGGACCUCGACUACCUCUGCUGCCUUCAACCCAACUGGACAGAAGGUUUUUUUCGUAAAGGGAAUGUUCUGCUGGAAAUGGGUCAGCAGAAGGAAGCCCUGAUCCAGUUCCACCAUUGCCUAAAACUUCAAGCUGACUUUGUUGCUGCAAAGAGCCAGAUCAAGAAGGUCCUGCAGGUAGAGGGAAUAGCGGUGCCAGAGGAGGUGCCAUGCAUUCUGCAGCUGGUUUCUGAUUAUCUGAAAGAACCCCCCAUCACCACCCUCAGCGGCUCCCAGGCACCGACGCAAGGAGAAGGCAAGAACCCAAACAUGGAGAGGAGAGAAGCACACAAGGUGAAGAUUCAGGAUGCUCCUUGUUCUGAAGUCAGUCCUGCAAAAAGGAUGAAGCAUGAAGCUGGUACGGAGUGCUGCCUCAGCCUCUGCCAAGCUGUUUCCUUCCUGCCUGCCGGUGAAGAAGAUGAGGAAAUGAUGAUGAGGAAAGAAGAAUGCCAGGGUAGAGGGGAAAGUAAAGCAGGCAGAGAGAAAACACUGGCUGUGCUCACCGUCUCAGACUUUGAAUGCCCUCUCUGCAUCAGGUUGUUUUUUGAGCCGGUAACGACUCCAUGCGGCCACACUUUCUGCAAAAACUGCAUUGAGAGGAGUCUGGACCACAACGUCCGCUGUCCACUCUGCAAGCAGCCGCUGCAAGAGGUAAACUCCAGACAGACAGGAGACUUUAUGUCCAGAUUUCUCAUUUCUGUCUCAUGUCUGUCUUGCAGCCUCACCAGAGACAUCCCCAUAUUUGUCUGUACCGUGGCCUUCCCAGGAGUGCCGUGCCCGCUGCACAUCUUUGAGCCGCGCUAUCGGCUGAUGAUGCGUCGCUGCAUGGAAACCGGCACCAAGAAGUUUGGCAUGUGCAGCUAUGAGCACGGCAAAGGGUUUGCCGACUACGGCUGCAUGCUGGAGAUCCUGGACAUGGAGAGGCUGCCUGACGGACGAUCUUACGUUGAAACCGUGGGCGGCAGCAGAUUCAGAGUGCUGAAGCGAGGACAGAGGGACGGCUACCACACAGCAGACAUCGAGUACCUGGAGGACGUCAAGGUUGAGGGGAGUGAGCUGGAGCUCUUGCAGCAUCUUCAUGACAGCGUGUACCAGCAGGCUCAGGACUGGUAUCAGCGUGUGGGCAGCCGCAGCCGCGAGCACAUAAACAGGCAGCAUGGCAGCAUGCCGGAUAAGGAGGCCGACAUUCAGGCUUCGCCCCACGGUCCGGCCUGGUGCUGGUGGCUGCUGUCGGUGCUCCAGCUGGACCCCGCCUAUCAAACCACCUUCCUGUCGCUGACCUCUCUGAAGGACCGCCUGGGACACCUCCGCCUCGUCCUCGAGUACUUUUCUCAGAGCUAGAUCCCAGAGCGCUGCCACAGCUUACCUAGGGUUCAACAUAACGCACACAAAGAGUCAAACCAGCGAACGCACGCACAAAACACCGAGCUCCAGGUCGGCUUCAGGCUAAAAGCAGACAGCUGAGGAUCUGACUUAGUUUUUAAUUUCUGCCAUUUGAUUUUGCAUAUAAGGAUCUUUGGAAACUUUUAUAUCGGACGAAACUUUGGGACAAACCAAAGACAGUUCUGGGUUAUCAAAGCUUGCUCUACACAGAGAGUUUGAACCGGGUCACUUUUCCAAAUAUUGUGCUGUAGGUGGAAACUGGGUGAUUAUUAUUAGUAUUAUUUUUUUCCCCCACAUCACAAACAAAGAACAUAAAACAGCCUCUGAUGCCUGUUUUAGCCAAAUGUGGAGACAGAUUUGACAUUAGAGGCUCAUCUGGGGGAUUUUAUGGUGAAACCGGUAACAUUAGUCCGAUCUGUCGGCCUGCAGCCGUUGAAUGUGGCCUGUUUUAUACUGAUAAGUGGUUUUAAAGUAAAGUACUUCUAUUUAGCAUUAAGGUUUGGCAAUAACAACUGACCCUGCAGCAGGUGGAGGAUGCAGGUGGAGGAUGCUGCUUCACCUUAGCAUUUAUCUUAAGCAACUUUUUUGACUUUGUGACGUUUAAAAGAUGCGAUCGGCUGAUAAGAAACGCAACAUGCUUGUUUUUAGUAAAAAGAUGCUCGACGUGUUUGUUUCAGGUGUAAAUACAUAUGUUUUGGUUCCUGCUCAUUCAGCAUGAGGUGCUGUUAGCACCGAUAGCACCGGCUGUUAAACUGUGUUAGCAGGUCUUAAGCAGGGACGGUCAUCAGUUUGGAUUUCACGACACCUACCUCUGGCCCCGAACUCCAUCUCUGCAUGGGUCUGGCCCGUCCUCCGCCGCCGGCCGCGGUUCCCUCUGAGUGCCUGGGCCCCAUCUUCUGGGUGAAGUCUUAACAUGUCUGCAGGACUUCAGCAGUGGACUGUUUCGUGUUUGGUUUCUAUUUGCUGUAGUGCUACAUUCCAUGGAAUGUUAAAGCUGUUAAUUCUCUAACAACUACGGGCGUAACUGGGUGAUUUUUUGUUUUGUUUUUUACACUUUAAUAAAUUUGCCAUAGAUAUCUAUGUGUUUAAUGCUU